UUAAUUAAUUGAUUAAUUUUAGGAUAGAAGGGAAGAAGAGGCGCCCAACAAACAAACAACAGACAACAGUCAAGAGAAGUAUGAUAAUGGAGGUGAGGUGAGGUCCGUUGUUGAGGCAGCCAGAGAGAUAUAAAAUUAAAAUAAAAAAAAUGAUUUUUCACAAAGUACCAAAACUCACUAUCACUAGGGAGUAGGGAGGGAACUCACCAAGAACCAAAAAAAAAAAAUACAUGUUAUCUAUGGCGAUGGAAGCAAAGCUCCACAACCCUCCACCAUUUUCACCCCACCUUGUAUCUCUUUCUUCCAAUUUAGAUUCCCUUCCCAUUAUUCUCCAAAACUUCUCUAUAUGCUCAUAUCAAACCCUCCAAUCUUGAUUUCAUUUUAAACCUCUUCUUUCGACUCUUCAAAAUGGUAGGUUCCGAGCUUGCUUACUCUAAUGGAGGGCCACACUCUCAGGUGGCGCCUCCAUUUUCUUUUUCUUCGAAUUCGAGUUUCUUUGUUAACGGUGGCUUGUUUCUCGAGCCCACGGUUUCUAAAUUUCUUCUUGGUUCGCUGACAAUGGUGGCGGAGGAGGAAAGACAGUGUUCAGCUUCGAUUGGGGUUUCUGGGUCUGUUUCUUCGUCGGCUUGUCGACCUAAAGUGGUGGUCGGAGGAAGGUUUUCUUCGGUGAGCUUGAGAAGCGACGGGAUUGUUCGGGAAACGAAGAGGUGUUUGGUUCAGAGCGGAUAUGAGGGUUCUGAGGAAGCAGUGGUCGAGGAAAGGAAGAAGGAGGAGAAAAUUAGGGUUCGGGGAGGAGCUGCCAUGAACACCACCAAGCAUUUAUGGGCUGGUGCUAUUGCAGCUAUGGUUUCCAGAACUUUUGUCGCCCCACUUGAGAGACUAAAGCUGGAAUAUAUAGUUCGUGGUGAGCAGAAGAAUCUAUUUGACCUCGUCAGAACAAUAGCUGCUUCUCAAGGUGUGAGAGGCUUUUGGAAAGGAAAUCUCGUUAACAUUCUUCGUACUGCUCCAUUUAAAGCAGUCAACUUUUAUGCUUACGAUACUUACAGAAAGCAAUUGCUCAAAUUUUCUGGGAAUGAGGAGACCACAAAUUUUGAGAGAUUCAUUGCUGGUGCUGCAGCUGGCAUCACUGCUACUAUACUCUGCUUACCACUUGACACAAUCCGAACUAAAAUGGUCGCACCUGGUGGAGAAGCCUUGGGUGGUGUUAUUGGUGCUUUUCGCUACAUGAUCCAAACUGAAGGAUUUUUUUCCCUUUACAAGGGCUUAGUACCCUCCAUUCUAAGUAUGGCACCUUCAGGUGCAGUAUUCUAUGGUGUAUAUGAUAUACUGAAAUCAGCUUAUCUGCAUUCACCAGAAGGUAGGAAACGAAUUCAUAACAUGAGCCAGGGGCAGGAACUCAAUGCUUUCGAUCAGUUAGAGUUGGGACCAGUUAGGACAUUGCUGUAUGGUGCUAUUGCUGGUGCUUGCGCUGAAGCUGCAACUUACCCUUUCGAGGUUGUGCGGAGACAGCUUCAAUUGCAAGUUCAGGCAACUAGAUUGAGUGCCCUGGCAACUUGUUUGAAAAUUGUCGAGCAUGGAGGAGUACCAGCUCUCUACGCAGGACUAAUUCCCAGCUUGCUACAGGUACUUCCAUCAGCUUCAAUAAGUUAUUUCGUCUAUGAAUUCAUGAAGAUAGUUCUUAAAGUUGAAUGAAGAGGGAAAUUGAUAUCGGAAAAAGAAUAGGCGAGGGAGGUUGUACAACGAGUGAAAGAGAAUAUAUUUGCAUGGAAAAAGGUAGGAAAUUGAAUCUUUCUCACGAUUCCUACCUAUGGCAAGACACUUGAUUUCCAUUGACAACAAAAGAAAGUUGAUUUUUGAUAAGGAAAUAAAAUCUCACCCCCACGAGGCAGGAUCUUAUUAUGCUCAUUAUUUCUGCACAUUAAGCAAGAUAAGGUCUUUUAUGCUUUUGACAUGUGGUAAGUGUUUGUGAGCAAUUAUUUAGAUUAUAUUGUAUAUUACCUCCAUUUUUCUAUCCGCACAAAAUUGAAUUAUUAUUAUUAUUAUUAUUAUUAUUAUUAUCAGAAAAUUGAAUUUAUUAAGACUACCAAAAA